AACGUUUUCAAGGCAUUCAACAAAACAGAGAGGCUGAGAUUUACUGAAGCAUUUUGUUGUUUAGCUAGCUAGCUCACAACAACAUUUACAAAUAGCUCUACUUCCCAGAGCUAACUUUUAUGGCAUAAUGCUGGAUCAUUAUUUUGACAAACUUGGAGUCACAGGUGAAUAAAGGGACUGUUACAGGGCCACUAUGAGCCAAGCUGGGGAGCAGACCAACCCACCCAGUGGAGGAGGUGAGGAGGAGACUACUCCUUUAUCAGCCCUGGCUCCUGAUGCUGCCCUACAGGAGGAGAGCCUGGCCCUGGGCCCCACUCACGUCUCUGCCAGCCCAGCCUUCCAGUGCUUAGACCAGCUAUUCUCUACUGGGAAGAUCAGCGGGACCAAAGCAGCGAAGCUCAAAGCCAGUUUCAGCCUGCUCCAUGACACCUUGAAAAGCUCUCAACAGUCAGAGAUCCGGCUGCUGCAGGAGGCCAAGCAGUUCAGAGCAGAGCUGGAGCGCCAGCAGAGAGAUCUGGAGACGGCUGAGCAGUUCCCUGAGGGGCCGGACACAGAGGUCAGCCGCAUGAGACAGCAGCUCCUCAAGUUCCACAACGACCUGCGACAGGCAGAGGAGAGGGACUACCAGAUGAACUACCAGCUAGAGUGUCUCACAGAAGAGAAGCUUUGCCUGGAGAAAGAGUAUGAGUCUCAACCCAAACCAGUUGAGCUGGAGAAGCGUGCGAAGGCCCUGAAGGACAGCAGUGAGGAGCUGAGGAAGGAGGUGUCUCAGAGGAGACAGGAGAUACACAGCCUGCUGGAGGACAUGGAGGCCAGACACAAACUGAUGACCAGGGAGCAGAGAGAACUGGACCACAAGAAGGACAGCAUAGUAAACAACCAGGCUGAGUUGGCCCAGCUUCUGUCUGUGCCUGGCCAGUUGGGGAAGGAGAUUGAGAGGAUCAACAGGAAAAAGAUGGAGGUUGAGAAAAGUAAGGCGGCCCUAGACGAGCAGCUGUCUGAGGUGGCGGCUCUGCAGAAAAUGACGGAGGCCCGCUGUCGCUCCCUGGAGGAGGAGAAGAGGGAGGUGAGGAGGCAGGUGGAGGGGCGCAGGGCACACCUGGAGGCUGCCGAGAGGGAACACAGCAUGCUGCAGAAAGAGCAGGAGAUGACCAAGGAGAAGGAGGUCAUUAUGAUGGGACAGAGGUACAGGACUGGCUGCAGACAAUGUCCAUGUAUCUACUGGAGGCAUCACCAGGAGACAGGCCAGUGCAUCAUGGAGAGGAAGGAGGCCAUGAGCAACACCCAGCAGAGAGGACCGCUACCUCCGCCUUUGUGCAAGGAGGACCAGGAGAGCACUGCAAGAGCCCCGCAAAAUGACCUCAGCAGGCUCAGCAAACUGCAUUUCACAGUUCAUACACUAACACCAAACAGGCCCACAGUGUUCUGGUCCACACUCAGCUACUGCAUGACAAGACCAAGUCUAGAGUUAGUUCACAGUUCACACACUAACACCAAACAGGCCCACAGUGUUCUGGUCCUCACUCAGCUACUGCAUGACAAGACCAAGUCUACAAGGGAUGUCAAACCCAAAAGUGACAGGAUUCUGAAGACAAGACAGGAGAUACAGUUAGAAGUGGACAAGCUGAAGAGAAACUUGAUUCAUCAGCAACCAGUAGCGGAGGUGGAGACCCAGCUGAUAGAACAGUGUGUGGAACAGGAGCAGGAGCUGAUGAGACAGUCUCACAGACACAGAGAGGAGCUCCACACCCUCAGCUGUCUGACUCAGAUCAAAGCUGAUGAGAGAGAGCAGAAGUCCAGGGACCGCCACAGGGCUGAGCAAAGAUACCAUCGCAUCAAGCAAGAGCUGAGAGGCAAGAGUCUGGUGAUCCAUGAACUCAAGAAGCAGAACCAGGAGGUCCAGUCCAGGCUUGGUGUGUUUGCCAAGCUGUACGACAACAUCAAGGGUGAUAGGAACAAGUGUAUGAACCUGAUCCAGAUGGCCUCCCAGAGAACGGCUGAGAUGAGAGAGAAGUUCAAGAUCCUGGACAACGAGAUUGAGAUCCUCAGAACCAACGCCAUCAACAAAGAGAAGCUGCUCCAGAAGUCCCGUCUGAAGCACUUCCACAGCCACACCAUCAGAGACAGCCUGAGGAACGAUAUCUCCAAGGUGACCCUGGUGCUUCAUGAGAUGAGACAGAAGAGGGAGGAGCAGAAGCUGAACUUGGGCCGGCUGACCCACAUGAUCAACUACCAUGAACAGAACCUGCUACAGAUGAGGAAGAGCCACGACAACGCAGUGCAGAGUCGCAAUGACAGAGGGGUACAGUUGCUGGAGCGUGAGGAGGAGAUGUGUAUUUUCUACGAGAAGGUGAAUGUUCAGGAGGGCCUGAUCAGAGACGGUAACAUAGAGAUGCAGGCGCUGGAGGAGGAGACGCGCUGCCUGCAGAUGAUCACCAAGGAAGAAGGAAGACAGACAGCCCUCAGCAGGAAACUGGUGCCCUGCCAGAGGAGACUGAAGGGAGAGAGCACCAUGCUGCAGAUACAGCUGGCAGAGUGUAAGGAGCGUAUGCUGGAGCUAGAGAAGGCCUUGGAGGAUCCAGGACAGGAGAACAGGGCCAGAGAGCUGGAGGGGAACGACCCAUCUCCUGUUGAACUCAUCCAGAAGAUAGAACAGCUGGAGGUUGGCUUGGCGGAGCGGGAAGAGCUGCUCCUGGAGAAGGACUUGGUGUUUGAGCAGGUGACCCGGCUCUCUCAGCGAAUCAGAGCUAAGGCCGAGAACGGCAAGCAGGACACACUGCAGCUAGCCAAGAAG